GGGACAGAAGACAGCGAGCCGCCGCCCGGCUGCGCGCAGAUGGAGCAAGCGGAGCCCGCGCAACGCGGGCAGCAGUAAGCGGCGAAACCGCCGGACCUCACAAACUCGCCAUGGAGGAAGAGAGUGUAAAGGAGGGGAGUGAGAAGCCUCGCGGAGCACGGACUGCAGACAAGGCUGGAUGGAUCAAGAAGAGCAGCGGGGGGCUUCUGGGUUUAUGGAAAGACCGCUACUUGCUUCUCUGCCAAGCCCAGCUGCUUGUCUAUGAGAGUGAGGAUGAGCAGAAAUGCGUGGAGACGGUGGAACUUGGGAGCUACGAGAAGUGCCAGGACCUUCGUGCUCUCCUCAAGCGGAAACACCGUUUUAUCCUGCUGCGAUCCCCAGGGAACAAGGUCAGUGACAUCAAAUUCCAGGCCCCCAGUGGGGAAGAAAAGGAAUCCUGGAUCAAGGCUCUCAAUGAAGGGAUCAACAGAGGCAAGAACAAGGCUUUUGAUGAGGUAAAAGUAGAUAAGACCUGUGCCCUAGAGCAUGUGACGCGGAACCGGGUACGUGGGGGUCAGCGGCGACGGCCACCAACAAGAAUCCAUUUAAAGGAGGUAGCCAGUGCAGCUUCUGAUGGGCUUUCACGGCUGGACCUCGAUGUCCCAGACAGUGGACCACCAGUGUUUGCUCCUCUCAGUGAUAUCAGUGAAGACCAGCCCCAGGAGCCACCUCGGGCCCUCAUGCCUCCUGUCAAGCCUUCCCCAGUACCAGAGACCUCUGGAGCUGAGGACAGCAAGGAGACUCCUGCAGGAGACAGAGCCCAAACCCCUGACUCAUCAAGCUCUGAGGCCAAUCCCGAGAGACAAGAGGACGCAGAGACCCCAGCCAAGGAGGACAGUGACUUUAAGAGGCUCCCCAACAGCACCUUGUCUGAGAAACUGAAGGUGAGCUGGGAGAACCCCAGCCCAGAGGAGCCUUCUGCUCCUGAGAGUGCACAGUUGUCCUCUUCAGAGACUCCAGAGGCUGCCCCCAGGGAGAGCAAAAAGCCCCCUGCACCUCCUCCCAAGAUCCUGUCAGAGAAGAUGAAGGCCUGUAUGGAUGCUUCUGGUCCAUCCCAGAGUUCUGAGGCCCCUGAGACCACUUCCCCAGGCCCUACCCAGGUGUCUGUGAAUGGCAUGGAUGGUCCCGAGUCUGCCUUGCAGGCCAUGGGCACCCGUGGACCUGCCUCAGAGGAUGCGGCAGCAUCCCCUGCACCGCCCUGCUCAGACUUGCCAUCCCAGUUUCAUCCCCGAUCCUCUUCCCUUGGGGACCUACUCAGAGAAAGCCCUCAGCAUCCACGACUGCCUAAGGAAAAGUUGUAUCGGGCCCAGCUGGAAGUCAAGGUGGCUUCGAAACAGACAGAGAAACUGUUGAACCAGGUGCUGGGCAGCGAACCACCUGUGUGUGCUGAGUCAUUGCUCACCCAGGCUGUAGAGCAGCUGAGGCAGGCCACCCAGGUCCUGCAGGAAAUGAGGGACUUGGGAGAGCUGAACCAAGAAACCCCUGGGCUGAUGCAGAAACGGAAGGAGCUGGUGACUCUCUACAGGAGAAGUGCACCCUAGGCCUGCCAAGCCCCAGGCACAAACUCCCUCCCCACCCCCACCCCCCACCCCAAGUACCUGCAUCUGUCACUGUCCAACCUUGCUAAGGACUGAGCUGCAGCUGUACCCACUGGGUACAUCCAGUUUGGCCAGGACUUGAGGCUCCUCAUGUCCUUCCUACUCUACCCUGGCCUGGGGCUAUCUGUCUGGGUCCCUGUUCCAGCCUCCUCUCUAGGCUCUGGGCUUAGGAUGGACCAUGGUCCCGUGGUCUACGUGGUUAAUGCAGACUGCCCCAGGGCUUUGGCACCAUCCUUGGAGUUUCCAGGAUGGCACCAGCUCUAUUCUCACCCCCAACAGUUUACAUUCUGACUUCCGGGUGGAGCACAGCUGAGCUGCCUGAGGCUCCCAUCUUCUGGUCUUUGGGCAGCUUCCCACCAGCCACACCCACUUAUGAGGAGCUGUAGGGGCCUUGGGUCCAGGCUGUAGUGAAAUGUGACAUCUAUCAGCUGAGUGAAAUGUGGCCUUUAGCUGUAGCCUAAAGAUGGACAAGGGUCUGGGUGAAGGAGCUAUUUAGUCUGGUUUGUUUUCCCUUUCUGCAAACCGAGGGUCUUCUCCGAAGCACCCCUACCCUUUUGGAGAGCUGUGAUGCAAAGAUCUCAAGGCUUCCAGGGAGAAAAAGGAACUCAGGCUUCCUAAUGGCGUCUGUUCCUGGGCCAGCUUCUGUCCAGCCUUGCACAUUCCUGAAGAUGAAAACCCUAGAGUGUCCUGUGCAUCUGAAAAACCUGUAUGAAAUUAUCAUUAAUCAAUCUCUAGAGGCCCCGCCCCCACCCCGCCUUCCGUGCCUCCCAGAUGGGAUUUAUCUGUGGUUCUCCCUCAGCUGGAACCGCUCUGAGACACACCCCUUUUCUUCAUAUGCUGGAGUCUGUGACUACAAUCCACCUAUCAGGCCCCUAGUGGGCUGCCCCUCCUUUAUUUCCUAGUGAGAGAAGUGUUUUCUCUCCUCCCCUUCCCUCCCCUCCUCCUUUCCUCGUUGUCUCUGGCUCUCUGAGCCCUUGAGUCUCCAGCACACUGCAGCAGCCAACAGGACUGAGUCUGGAGCCUCGCUGGGGGAAGGAGCGGCCACAGAGAAUCUGCCCUGAGGAUUCUGCAUGUGCACUUUGUUUACUGGAAGAGAAGGGAGGGUCCCAGCAACCACGAUGCCUUUCCACUCACCCUGUUUCCAGCUGCCAGUUGUGCCCACCAAGGCCUGCCAACCAGUGCAGGCUGAUGCCUUCAUUAUUGUACUGUCCCUUUCUAGCUGUGGGUAGCAGGCAGGAGCUGAGUAGACAGCAGUGUCUUGACUCACGAGCUGCCUCCCACCCCCGCUGUUAGCCUCAAACCACACUCCUCGGGCUCCUGUGCCAGCCUGCCUUUCCCUCCAUCUCCUGUACAAGAGCGAGAAUGUCCUCAGGUGUCCAGUCCUGAUCCCCUGCCAUCUUCCCUUGGGAACAGUCACCCUCUACUGCAACAAGGGUGCUGUACUUCUGCAAGUCACCUGCUACCAGGAGGUAGAGCCUGUCUGUGCUGUCACGUGACUAUCAGGCAGGUAGUUCUGGGGUUACUGCCUUACUGACUGGUUGGAUGGAGGAGGGAUGGGACUGCCUCCCUACCACCAUGGAAGGAGGCACCCAGUGUCUUCUGCUUAGGAUCCAUCUUUCUUGAAAUUUGGCAAUAAAUCUCAUUUUAUGGAA